CCUUGGUGGGCAUGGCAGAGUAUCAUGCGCAGGGUUAGCUAGUAGCUACAACACCAUUUGUAGUUCCCUUAUAGAUGCUGAAAGGGCCAUGGUGGUGGUUUACGAUUCUCCAGGCACAAGGAAGCAGUCUGGUCCCAGCAAACGUGCACCUCCCUCGACAACGCGAGAUACGUCAUCGCCGUUGCUUCAAGACGGCUCUGAAAGGAAAUGGUAUUUAUCAUCAUGGGCGCCAUCACGACAGGCGGCCUUCAGCCUGCUGCUCAUCGCACGGCUCAUUUCCGCAUCUGCCAGCAUCAUCCCGGAUUGUGACGAGACGUACAAUUACUGGGAGCCGCUGCAUCAGCUCUUGUAUCCUCCGGCACCGGCGAGCAAUCAAUUGGGCAGCUUCAAGACCUGGGAAUAUGAUCCUCGCUUUGCGAUCCGUAGCUGGGCUUACUUGAUCCAAUUCACACCGUUGAAAUGGUACACAAAUUUGACAGGAAUGUCAAAAUAUCAGCACUUUUACUUUACGCGGGCCACCCUGGCUUGCGUAUCUGCUGCCGUCGAAGCACGAUUCUAUGAUGCCGUCAAAGAGACCGCCGGCGCGCGAACGGCACGGUAUCUCUUGGUUUCUCUUCUUGGCUGCGCAUCGAUAUUUGAGGCGUCGACAGCUCUGGUGCCUUCUUCAUACACCUUUUACACGACCACAUUAGCUUGGUCUUUUGCAAUGAAACCGUCAAACGGGGACCCUGCAUCGCGAUCUUUGCGGUGUCUGAAGGCCACCGUGGCCUUCGCCUUGGGUGCCAUCGUCGGCUGGCCUUUUGCCAUCGUGCUCGCCUUGCCCUUCGUUUUCGAAGAGCUUGUCUCGUUCCAACGAACAAUAACAGACAGCUUCAUGCAGCGGGCCUGCCGAUUCUCUCAAGCAGCGAUCGCUACUGGUCUGUGCAUUGGCCUUCCCACGCUUCUGAUCGACACACUGGCAUAUGGGCGCACAACGCUCAUCCCGUGGAACAUUAUCGCCUACAACAUUUUCAGCAAGGCGAGAGGCGCGGGACCGGAGCUGUACGGCACGGAAGGCCAGACAUACUAUUUUCGCGUCUUGCUUCUCAGUUUUAACUUGCUCUUACCGCUUGCGCUCUCAUCAGCGCCGCUGGUACUUCUUGCAGGUGUGGUAAAUCCGCAUGCAUUUGCGCAAACAGCACCAGCCGCUCACAGGGUAUCAAAACAACCUGUCGUCCUUCUGCUCAAUCGGACGACGCCCUUCUACCUCUGGCUUCUCCUCCUCUCGUUACAGCCACACAAGGAAGAGCGUUUCCUGUACCCGGCCUACGCAUUGGUCUGCUUCAAUGCUGCGCUUAGCCUGUCCCUGCUGCACACGCUCAUCGACUCGGCCUUGCCGCGCGCUCUGCUCACAGGGGCUUGCUUCCCGCAGAGGAAAGCAGGAAUCACAAUCGGCGGCGCGUUAGCCUGGACGGCCGUCCUUCUCAGUAGUUUCAUUGGUGUCCUCCGCUCGGCAGCCUUGACGCACAACUAUAGCGCUCCUUUGCACAUUGUGUCGCCUCUAUGGGGGCCUGAAGCACGGCAGAUACUGCAAGAGCGCCAUAUUGCUUUGGCGGAGAAUGCCACUCCUAAAGAGGUCAUGGCAGCGCUCUCCAAGCUACAAGGGCCCGUCAAGCUUUGCUACGCAGGCGAGUGGUACAGAUUCCCAACUAGCUUCCUUGUCCCGCAUGGAAUCCAGAGCGAGUUUACGAGCAGCACCUACCAGCACAUCCUGCCGGGUCACUUCCCCGUAACGUACGACAGGGGUGAAGAGAAAGGGAGAGAUCUCUUUGCUGCGGCUGUUCUCAAGGCUGGCGACUGGGCCUGGACGUACAAGGGUUCCAGAAUAUCGGAACAAAACUACAAUGAAUUCAAUCUGCCCGAGCCCUCACAUGUCAUCAAUCCAACGCAGUGCGACUAUAUGGUCGACCUCGAUUUCAAGCACCGGCGCGCAGGAGCUGGGUCCAGUAUAGAUGCGUAUGAAUCGGCUGCCGAGCCCAGCUACUUGCAUCAGCCUGCGCGAUGGCGUCGCAUUCACUGUCUUCCUUUCCUCGACUGGGAGUCGUCGCAGGCAGAGCCGGGUGCUAGUUUGGUACGCAAGAUCGAAGCGGCUGUCAGUCGAGCCCUGUGGCUGCCGGAAGGGUGGGGGUCCACGCGCAAAUACGCCGAUUUUUGCUUGCUGAAGCGUAUCGGGGAGGGAUCCGGCAAUUUGCACAGGGACACAGACAUGAAACGCGCCGAAGACCAUUUCGAUGCGGCGGACUAGCAGGCAUUAAUCCAUCAGCUUGUCCUUUGAUGUUGUACAAAAUGUAUUCAUCAAAACAGCUAUGAAGCGUAUUCCGAGACGCGUGGCUCAACUUCCUCGCCAUAUGGCGGGUCCUCCCUCCGCUUGAACGCCGCAAAGAACUUCCUGCCGCCGUUGCGCGCAACCUUCUUUCCUUCCUCUGUGCUAUCCCGGAUGAUGGGGACACACGGGUCCUGCUGCAGCUCCUGCCCGUCGUUGUCCAUACGCUCGAACAGGGGGAACGCAUCCAGGUGCGAGACCAUCCAUCUGUGCAGAUCCUCGACAUCGGUGAUCGUGUAGAGGAUCCCACCCGGAGCAAGCACGUACGCAUAUUCGGCGAGCAAAGUGGGUGAGACGAUGCGCGCCUUGUGCUUGCGCGCUUUGAAGUGCGGGUCAGGAAACAGAAAGAACAUCUUUG